AUGGAGGAAGAGCUAAAAUGCCCCGUGUGCGGUUCCCUUUUCAAAGACCCCAUCCUGCUGCCGUGCUCCCACAAUGUGUGCCUGGCAUGUGCUCGGAACAUCACCGUGCAGACCCCGGAGGGGGAGACCCCGGUGCAGAGCCGAGCCUCGGGCAGCUCUGACUACGACUACCUGGACAUGGACAAGAUGAGUCUGUACAGCGAGACGGACAGCGGAUACGGUUCCUACACGCCGUGCCAGCUCAAGUCUCCAAACGGGGUGAGGGUGUUUCCGCCGGUCAUCGCUCACCGACACUGCUCCCUCACUUGCCCGCUGUGCCACCGGAGCGUCUCCCUGGAUGAGCGGGGGCUCCGGGGUUUCCCUCGGAACCGGCUGCUGGAAGCCAUCGUGGCGCGGUACCAGCAGAACCGCGCCGCCUCCGCUUCGUCUUCUUCAUCCUCCUCCUCCUCCUCCACAGCGGUGAAGUGCCAGCUCUGCGACCGCAACCCGGUGGACGCGGCGGUGAUGUGCGAGCAGUGCGACGUCUUCUACUGUAACGCCUGCCAGCAGCGGUGCCACCCGUCCCGCGGUCCGCUCGCCAAACACCGUCUGGUGCCGCCGCCGAACCAAGCGGCAGGAGGCGGUGCGGCAAGCGGAGGAGGAAGCGGCGGCGGCGGCGGCGGAGCUGGGGGAGGCAGCGGCGGCGGUCAGCUGCCGCCCGCUACCGCGCGGAAACCGGCGACUUGCGUUGAUCAUGAGGCGGAAAACUUCAACAUGUACUGCUGCAGCUGCAAAGCUCCGGCGUGCAUGAAGUGCCUGGAGGAAGGAAAACACGCCAAACACGACGUCAAACCUCUGGCUGUGAUGUGGAAACAACACAAGUGCCAGCUCUCCCAGGCCCUGAACGGUGUCUCUGACAAAGCUAAAGAUGCCAAGGAGUUCCUGGUCCAACUCAAGAACAUGCUUCAGCAGAUACAGGAGAACGGUGUUGAGUUUGAAGCCUGCCUUGUGGCUCAGUGUGACUCCCUGAUCGAGGCGCUGACCAGACAGAAAGCCAAACUGCUCACCAAGGUCACCAAGGAGAAGGAGUACAAGCUAAAGGUGGUGCGUGACCAGAUAACUCACUGCACCAUGAAGCUACGUCAGACCACAGGUAUGAUGGAGUACUGUCUGGAAGUCCUCAAAGAGAAUGAUCCCAGUGGAUUCCUCCAGAUUUCAGAUGCCCUGAUCAAGCGGGUGACGUCGUCUCAGGACCAGUGGGUAAAAGGCGCUCUGGAGCCAAAAGUCGGCCCUGAGUUUGACCUCACCCUCAACACUGACUCCCUGCUCCAGACCAUCCUGCAGCUAGACUUCUUGGAGUCCGGACCCUCUGUGCCACCGGCUCCUCUCCUGCAGCUGGAGAAGUGCUGCACCAGGAACAACAGCGCCACCCUGGCCUGGAGAGUAACCGCCCCCCAUGGCAACCCCAUCGAGGGCUACAUCUUGGAGUUAGACGAUGGCAACGGAGGACAGUACAGGGAGGUUUAUGUGGGGAAGGAGACUGUGUGCACGGUGGACGGCCUCCAUUUUAACAGCUCCUACAAUGCCAGGGUGAAAGCCUAUAACGCCAUCGGUGUGGGACCGUACAGCAAGACAGUUGUGCUCAAGACCUCUGAUGUGGCUUGGUUCACCUUUGACCCCACCUCGGCCCAUCGGGACAUUGUCCUGUCCAAUGAAAACCAAACAGUCACCUGUAACAGCUACGAUGACCGCGUGGUGCUGGGAACUGCCGCUUUCUCCAAGGGCGUGCACUACUGGGAGGUCAGCAUCGAUCGCUAUGACAACCACCCAGACCCUGCGUUUGGCGUGGCACGGAUCAACACCAUGAAAGACAUGAUGUUAGGGAAGGACGACAAGGCGUGGGCCAUGUAUGUGGACAACAACCGCUCCUGGUUCAUGCACAACAACUCCCACACCAACAGGGCGGAGGGAGGCAUCACUAAGGGUUCGACUGUGGGCAUCCUGCUGGAUCUGACCAAACACACUCUGACUUUCUACAUCAACAAGGAGCAGCAUGGACCGACUGCCUUCGAGAACCUGGACGGGGUCUUUGUGCCCGCUGUCAGCCUCAACAGAAACGUACAGGUGACCUUACUCACUGGCCUGGAGGUGCCAAGGAAUAUCAAGCAGUAGGAGCUCCUUCCUCUCUCUGAGCGUGCCCUGGAUACAAACAAACGAUGUCAUAUGCAGCCUCAGUUUGCUCCCGCGUGGACCUUUUCCCAGCAGUGUGAGACGGGGCUUAGUCCUCUCCCAUCCUUCUCAAGGUGCCCUUUAUCUUGGA